AGCCGGUAGCGCUCACAGACCGACGGACAGCCGGUAGUCGGACAUCAUGAGUGAAGAUGAAGCUCACCGGGACACUUCCACUCCUGGUCCUGCUGGCUGUCGCAGGUCUGAGCCGAGCCCAGGUCCAGGCCUCUCCGCUGGAUUUGACCAACAGCAUCGGGAGCAUCAUUCCCAGCCUGAGCCGACCGGCGAACCACAGCCGCAUCUUCUAUGCCGUCAUGUUUGAUGCUGGGAGCACUGGGACACGCAUCCAUGUCUACACCUUCAUCCACAGUGACUCAGAGGAGCUGCCUGUUUUGGACAAUGAGAUGUUCCAUUCCUUAAAGCCGGGUCUGUCAGCAUAUGCUGACUCCCCUGAAAUGGCUGGCCACACAGUGCGGAUGCUGUUGAAGGUGGCCAAAAAGACGGUGCCUCGUCUGGAGUGGAAGAGGACUCCGCUGGUCCUCAGAGCCACAGCUGGACUCCGGCUGCUGGCCGCAGACAAAGCUCAGGCUCUUUUGGAGCAGGUUCAACAUGUGUUUGAUGAAUCUCCUUUUCUGGUCCCAGACAACAGCGUCAGCAUAAUGAAUGGCACAAACGAAGGAAUCCUGGCUUGGAUAUCUGUAAACUAUCUGACAGGUCACCUGAAAGCUCAAUCCAAGAAGACCGUGGGGAUCUUAGAUCUGGGUGGAGGCUCCACGCAGAUCACUUUCCUACCAAAAACGAGGGAAACCAUCGAAAGUGUUCCCGUCGCUGAUUACAUUGCCAGAUUUGACAUCUCCAACCAAACAUUUGAAUUGUACACUUACAGUUACCUCGGACACGGACUGAUGGCAGCGCGGCUGGCCGCACUGGGCGCUCUGGGUGCAGAAGGGCUGGAGUGGCGGGUUUUUAAAAGUUCCUGCCUGCCAAAGAAGUUCAGGGAUGACUGGAGAUUUGGAGGGCUGACCUAUCAUGUGAGCGGGGACCCAGAUGGUUAUACAGGAUACAAGCUUUGUUAUCAGGAGGUACUUAAGGUGGUGAAGGGGAUUAUUCAUCAACCGAACGAGCUCCAAGACAACAAUGUAUUCUAUGCGUUCUCCUAUUACUUUGACAGAGCUGUGGAUGCAGGCCUUAUCGAUGGAGUCCAAGGAGGGAUGCUGGAGGUCAGAGACUUCAAGAAGAGAGCUAAAGAGGUGUGCAAUCAGAUGACCAAGCACCCUCCCGUCAGUUCGUUCCUGUGUAUGGACAUGACCUACAUCACCUGUCUGCUCAAGGAUGGGUUUGGCUUUAAGGAGAGCACCGUGCUGCAGGUGAGCAUCAGCAGUUUUUGUUGUGUUUCUUUGAACAGGCAUCAAAUUCAUUAAUCUGAAAAUAAGGCCUCUGUUGGUAUUAAAAUGUCUUAAAUCAAUCUGUCAAAAGUCUCAAAAGAUAUGGGAAGAAGGAUGUUAUGAGUGACUUUUUUUCAAAGACUUACUAUGACAUUUUUGGGAUGGUUUUAUGACAUACUACUACUGUGGCAUCUUUAUGACAGAUUAUACUAAGGCUUUUUUAUUACUUUUUAAUGAC